AUGUCGGGCCUCAAAUUUCCUGUGGUGGCUGUCAGCCGUGCCAAGCGAAUGAAUCCAUGUUACUUGUCACCAUUAUCUCCCACAGGAGGAAACCCUGUUCUUAGGGAAGCAAUGAGCGGGAGCCCGCUUCUGGAACCGAUGAGAAGGCGCAAGUCUGGAUCUCCAGCGGCGAUGGUGGAAUCGCUAAUGCGCCCGGAAUCGCCAUUGCGGCCCAGGGUUUUGGCGCCGCUCUUCACCAAUGUGGCCCUGUCCGAGGAGAGAGGUACGCGAGCUGCGACCGCUGGCAGCGACGAUUGUUCCCAGAAUGUGGAUCCCGACGAGUCUCCAUCCAAGGGGCUGUCGCCGCAUUCUCUAGCAAGGCUUGUGCCGAAGGAUGUGGCGAAGCUCGCAGCGUCCGGGAGAGGCCGGGAUGCGCUGCUGGGUAUGGUUGAUCCGCAGCCCGACUGGACGCUGGGCGAUCUCAGGGACGAGCUGGAGGAGCUGACGGAGAAGAUGAGCGGGUCGCGGCUUCACGAGGAGGGGGACGUGCGAGAAAGUGAAAGCGUUCCUCAGCAACGCUGGGGGCUGAGCGAAGAAGUAGCCGACUUUAACAGGAUCAGCAAACCUUUCGUCAUGCGGCUCGAUGAUGAAGACUUUGAGAGCUCGGAUGACGAUGACGAUGAUGAGGAGGAGGAUGUGUUCAGUCAAAAUGAUCCGGGACGUGAUAGACAAGCUCCUGUUGUCCACAACUCUUCAAGGGUUCUAACACAUAAAUCUCCAUAUGACGAAGACGCCAUCUUCUUAACUACAAGCAAAGUAGAAGCAGCUCUUUUUGAAGCUGAGCGAUUGAGAAUUCUUCGAGUCCAGGAGGAAUUGAGACAAAAGAGGUUUCAAUUAGAAUCCGCUCUUUUGGAGGAGACACAACGGUCAGCUGAAAAAAUUGCCCAAGUUAUGAAAGACGAGGAGGCAAAAUGCGAGAUGACUCGUCGAAGUGACAAGCAGUACCAGCGCUUAAUUGCCGAGCAGCGUGAUAAGCACCUAUCAGCAUUGCAGCGUGACCAUGAACAACGUUCUCAAGUUGAAGAGCGGAAAAUUAAAAAAGACGAGGAGGCACAGAGAAGAGAACACUCCGUUCGAGAAGAAAUGGAACGGCAACAGAAAGCGAAGGCUGACGCAGAGAUUGCAGCAGCUAAGGCGGCUGAAGCACAGCGAAUAAGAAAACUGGAGGAACAAGUGGCAGCCGAAGCUGAAAAGAAACGGCAAGCCGAGGCUGCCCAGAAAGCUGAGGCAGACCGAAAGGAGAACGAAAGCGCGAAACCGUCGCGAGGAGCGCCUCAACUAAGAGUCUCAAAAUCUGCAGCGGACAAUGAGAUGGGAAGAAAGAAGAUACUCCAACAACUAAAUGAAGCUUCAAAGUCAUUGCAGGCGAAUCCUGUGUUGAGGAAGAACCUCAAGGCUUUGGGAUUUCAAAUAGGUAAACUGUGGAAUCAAGUUGCCGCUACAGAGGAGCAAGUGAGAAAGGUGUCAAUGGAGUUUUUGCAGCUGGCGAACAAUCCUCAAAGCCAGGCAUUUGUCGUUUCAACACUAGCGUCGAAGCUUAUGUCUCAGUGUGAGGCGCAGGUCUCAAGGGCCCCGUCAUAUGCCUAUGUGUUCGCUCGAAUCGUCGUUAACGUGUCAAGUCAGCUUCCGGUUGUCAUGGACGCUGUUCUCGCGCAGCUGAAUGUGGUUUGUAUUUUGACUGUUCCAAAGUACUUCAUGUACAAGAAGGGUGACUACGAGAGUGACAAGAGCUAUUACAACAUGCUAGGAUUUCGCGAGGACGAUUCUGGCACUCUGGAGACGGCAGAUGAUUACGUUGCACGGAUGACUGCGUACGUAACUCUAUAUGCCGCCAUCACGCAGACAGGAGGAGCAAACGGGCACGGCAUUGCAAAUGGAUGGAAAUGGUGCGCGCAACUCCUCAACCAUCUUCCCGCAAAUCGCUACAGCGCGUCCGCUUUGUUUGCUUUUCUCGAGACUGCAGGAUUCCGGCUCUACCAGUCGUAUCCAAAGCCUUUCAUGAAGCUGAUGAACACCAUCGUGACAAGAUUCGUUCCACUGCUCCAGAAGCACAACGAUCCGGAUGCUCGCUCCGUGCUUAACCGGCUCGAGACUUACCUGGGAACGAAACAGUUCACCAAAAGGCCGAAAGACGAGCUCACACAGCAACAAACUGUCUCGGCAAUCGCUCUCAAGGAGGCGUCGUGGUAUUAAACGAGGUACACAUUUACAAAGAGGAGGAGAAAAAGGAGAAACGAGGAUACCGAAGUAGGAAAAAAAGGAGAACCGAGGAAACUAAGCGAAGAAGGAAAGAACGACCUCCCCU